AUGAGCAAUGAUUUGGGUACACACGGCAUGAAUGUAGGUGAACGCCCUUUUCCGCACGAAGCACAAAGCGUGGGAUUGGCUAUCAUGAAGCAAUUAGCGUCUGAGAUGUACUCGUUUAUAGCUGCUCUACCAUAUCUAUCAAGCAAGAAAAUAAAUAUCCUUUUGCUUGCACUCAAAAAGGUAGGCACUUUACAGAAAUGCCCUCGCGAUGGGAGCCAGUAA